UCACGCCCCGCUUCUUCUUGGCCUCCGCGCCUCACCGCGCCUGCGCGACCUUUUCCGUAGGACCCCCUGCGGGCUGCCCGUGGCGAUGCCUGACCGGAAAGUUCCGCACUGAAGAACCGGCGAGUGUGGGUGCCAAGUACCGGAACCAGGAUGAGUGUGGAAGCUAGUGGCAAGCCCUUGAAAGUGGGCUCCAGAGUGGAAGUCAUCGGAAAGGGAUACCGUGGUACAGUGGCAUAUGUUGGAGCCACGUUGUUCGCCACGGGAAAGUGGGUGGGAGUCAUCUUGGAUGAAGCGAAGGGCAAGAACGAUGGAACUGUGCAGGGCAGGAAGUAUUUCACCUGUGAAGAGAACCAUGGCAUCUUUGUGCGACAGUCACAGAUCCAGAUUUUUGAAGAUGGAGCAGAUACAACAUCUCCAGAAACCCCCGACUCCUCUGCCUCAAAGGUCCCCAAAAGAGAAUCUUCGGAAGCUGCCAAAGCCAGCAAAUUGCGCGGAGUGAAACCUAAAAAGGUGGCCCCAACAACACGGAAGACCACCACCAGGCGGCCCAAGCCUACCCGGACUCCCAACUCUGCAGCAUCCAGCGGUACAGCUGGGCCCUCCGGCUCAGCUUCUGCCUCAGCGGGUGAGAUGAGUAGCAGUGAGCCCAGCACACCUGCCCAGACGCCUCUGGCUGCGCCCAUCAUUCCAACUCCUUCCCUGACCUCUCCAGUGGCACCUCCUUCAGCUCCUUCCCCCACCAAGGAGGAGGAGAACCUGCGUUCUCAAGUCAGAGACCUGGAGGAGAAGCUGGAGACUCUGAAGAUGAAGCGAAAUGAAGACAAAGCAAAGCUGAAAGAGCUGGAGAAAUACAAGAUCCAGUUGGAGCAGGUGCAGGAGUGGAAGAGCAAAAUGCAGGAACAACAGGGUGACCUCCAGAAACGUCUAAAGGAGGCCAAAAAGGAAGCCAAAGAUGCAUUAGAAGCCAAGGAGCAUUACAUGGAGGAAAUGGCUGAUACGGCUGAUGCUAUUGAGAUGGCAACUCUGGACAAGGAGAUGGCAGAAGAGCGGGCCGAAUCCCUGCAGCAGGAGGUGGAUUCCCUGAAAGAGAAGGUGGAAUAUCUCACGAUGGACCUGGAGAUCCUGAAACACGAGAUAGAAGAGAAAGGCUCGGAUGGGGCUGCAUCCAGCUACCAGGUCAAACAGCUAGAAGAGCAAAACGCAAGGCUUAAGGAAGCUCUUGUCAGGAUGCGGGAUCUGUCUGCAUCAGAGAAGCAGGAGCACGUGAAGCUUCAGAAGCACAUGGAGAAGAAGAAUUCAGAGCUGGAGAGCCUGCGUCAGCAGAAGGAGAAGCUGCAGGAGGAGGUGAAGCAGGCAGAGAGAACCAUUGAUGAGUUGAAAGAGCAGGUGGAUGCUGCGCUGGGUGCUGAAGAGAUGGUGGAGACUCUGACAGAGAGAAACCUGGACUUGGAGGAGAAGGUCCGGGAGCUGCGCGAGACCGUCGGCGACCUGGAAGCCAUGAACGAGAUGAACGACGAGCUGCAGGAGAAUGCCAGGGAGACUGAGCUGGAGCUGCGUGAGCAGCUGGACAUGGCAACGGCGCGGGUCCGCGAGGCGGAGAAGCGUGUGGAGGCUGCACAGGAGACGGUGGCAGAUUACCAGCAGACCAUCAAGAAAUACAGGGAGCUGACUGCACACCUGCAGGACGUGAACCGAGAGCUCACGAACCAGCAAGAAGCUUCUGUUGAGAGACAACAGCAGCCUCCACCAGAGAUGUUCGACUUCAAGAUUAAAUUUGCAGAGACUAAGGCCCAUGCGAAGGCCAUAGAGAUGGAGCUGCGGCAGAUGGAGGUGCAGCAGGCCAACCAGCACGUCUCCCUCCUCACCUCCUUCAUGCCUGACAGCUUCCUGCGCCACGGCGGGGACCACGACUGCAUCCUGGUGCUGCUGCUCAUCCCCCGGCUCAUCUGCAAGGCCGAGCUGAUCAGCAAACAGGCCCAGGAGAAGUUCGAGCUGAAUGAGAACUGUGCCGAGCGCACGGGCCUCCGGGGUGCCCCAGGGGAGCAGCUGAGCUUUGCUGCAGGGCUGGUGUAUUCGCUCAGCCUCCUGCAAGCGACGCUGCACAAAUACGAACAGGCCCUGAGCAAGUGCAGCGUUGAGGUCUAUAAGAAGGUGGGGAUGCUCUACCCGGAGAUGAGUGUCCAUGAGCGCUCGCUGGACUUCCUGAUUCAGCUGCUGCACAAGGACCAGCUGGAUGAGACGGUCAACGUGGAGCCACUCACCAAAGCUAUCAAAUACUACCAGCACCUGUACAGCAUCCACCUGGUGGAGCAAGCCGAAGACUGCACCAUGCAGCUGGCGGACCACAUUAAGUUCACCCAGAGUGCCUUGGACUGCAUGGGCGUGGAGGUGGGUCGAUUGCGGUCCUUCCUGCAGACGGGGCAGGAGGCGUCCGACCUCGCCAUCCUCCUCAAGGACCUGGAGACCUCCUGCAGCGACAUCCGCCAGUUCUGCAAGAAGAUCAGACGCCGCAUGCCGGGAACAGACGCACCUGGGAUACCCGCAGCACUCGGCUUUGGACAGCAGGUGUCGGACACGCUGCUGGACUGCCGCAAGCACCUGACCUGGGUGGUGGCGGUGCUGCAGGAAGUGGCUGCCGCGGGGGCCCAGAUGAUCGCCCCGCUGACGGAGAAUGAAGGGCUCCUGGCCGGGAAGCUGGAAGAUCUGGCCUUCAAAGCAAGCGAGCAGAUCUACGGCAGCCAGGGCGUCAACCCGUACGAGUGCCUGCGCCAGUCCUGCAACAUCCUCAUUGCCACCAUGAACAAGAUGGCCACUGCAAUGCAGGAGGGAGAGUACGACGCCGACCGGCCGCAGACCAAGCCCCCUCCUCCUGUCAAUCUGAGGGCAGCCGCACUCCGGGCCGAGAUCACGGAUGCCGAGGGCCUGGGACUGAAGCUGGAAGACAGAGAGACCGUCAUCAAAGAGCUGAAGAAAUCGCUCAAAAUCAAGGGCGAGGAGCUCAGUGAAGCAAACGUGCGCCUCAGUCUCCUGGAGAAGAAGCUUGACAGCGCGUCCAAGGACGCGGAUGACCGGGUGGAGAAGAUCCAGACCAAGCUGGACGAGACCCAGGCUCUGCUCAAAAAGAAGGAGAAGGAGUUUGAGGAGACCAUGGAUGCUCUUCAGGCUGAUAUUGACCAGCUGGAGUCGGAAAAGAUGGAGCUAAAGCAGCGCUUGAACAACCAGUCCAAGCGCACCAUCGAGGGGCUGCGUGGAUCCCCUGCCUCCGGAAUCGCGUCCAUCGUCUCGGGCAUUGCGGGAGAGGAGCAGCAGAGAGGUGUCAGCGCUGGCCAGGUGAUGGGAGGUGGCUCAGGACCUGUCCAGGUGAAGGAUUCGCCUCUUCUCCUCCAGCAGAUCGACGCCAUGCGGCUGUCCAUUGAGCACCUCAAAACUGAGAACAACCGGCUGAAGGGAGCCCAGAUGAAGGCGGAGCUGGCAGCGCUGCCCCCUCUGCACGUCCCGAAGCUCUCGCUUCCCAAAGAGCGGCAGGGGGAGGAGGUGGCCUCCGGCUCCCUGUACAGGAAGACGAGCCAGCUGCUGCAGAGCCUCUACCAGAUGAGCGCCAACGCCAAGGUGGUGGACGUCACGCGCAGGAGCUCAGCAGGGAGCCCGGCCGCCCAGCUGCUGGAGCAGACAGCCCGCCUGAAAUCCCUGAGCAGCACCAUCGACAAGCUGAAGGAUGAAGUGAUGAAGGAGACGGUCCUGCAGCACCCCGGGGCCAAUGUCGUCACCGACUUCGCCACCUUCCCAUCCUCUGCCUUCCUCAAGGCCAGAGAGGAGAAGAAGGACGACACCGUGUACGUCGGCAAAGUGACCUUCCCCUGCCAGCCUGGGCAUGGCCAAGUGCACAAGCUCGUCCUGACGCCGGAGCAGCUGUGUGAGCUGCACGGCCGCCUCAUCUCCUAAGGGCCCCCCCUGCCCCCCCCCCAGAGACGGAUGUUCCUUGCACAGCCCCUCUCCCCAGCCCGUUGCUGAGUCUCUUCUCCCAGGCCCUUCUUGGCAGGGACUUGCUAGCCUGUGUGUGCAGCAGACCCCAGCAGAGCGCCCCCGGCUGGAGCACCGGGUUCCAGCUAAUGAAACCACUCGCCCUGCUGCCCCGCCGAGGGGGGCCUUGGCAUAGCUGUGUGUGCGGAUGAGUUCGCUCCUGCCUGGAUCUUCAGCUGCCUUUCCUCCUCCCUGCCCUCCUGGUGCAUCUGAGAGCUGCCUUUCUCCGGGGGGCGGCCUGAGGUGUCAGGGGCUGGGCCUGAUUGUGUACAUUACACUCACCAGUGAAAACACUUCCAACACCCCCCCCAGCAGCUCCUUGUCCGAACAGCACCGACCUGGCCAGGGAGCUCACGGCUCCUGAUCCGCUCGGCCCCUGGUAGCCCCGGGGCAGGCUGUGUAGGGAGCACCACCUUUCUCCAGGUGGGAUCUGAGUGGCCAGGAGACAGGGGCUGGCCCUGCACUGAGGUUGGGAGCGGCAUUGUAACCCUGCCCAGCUCAGCUCAGACUAACUGACCAGCCAGACAUGCCCCCGUUCUGCCCUGCUCGGUGCUGAGGGGUUUGGGCUCCUGGCCAGGCGGUCGGGCUGUGCCUCUAGCUCCUGUCACGGGAUGAAGGGUUCAUGCCAGAAGGGAAAGGGAGCCCCUGGGGCUCCCGCUCUGAACACUACAGAUACCCGCAGUGGGGUGAGUUCAAAGCUCGUCCCACCAGCUGCUGGUGUCAAACCUCUCUCCCCCCAGUGCUGUGGUUGUCACAUCAGUGUAGGGGGCUGGGAGCUGAGUUCCCCCAUGGCUAGUGGGUGAGUGCGCGGAGGAGCUUUGGGUCUGCUGGUACAUGCGCACGCUGCUGCACCAUCCCCUGCUGUAACCAGUUCUUAGCACUCCAGGGCUCUGGAAAUGAAUAAAGCUACAACUGUUAAACCCA